UCCUUUAUGCUUUAACUCUGGGUGAUUCGCAUGAAGCAAGCCAUUUGUUCACUCACUCAAGCGGAUGAUGAUGAGCAUUUUCAGUUUUCUUAUUCUUGGUAUUGGGUUUUCAAUAGUCUGUGCACAUGAAAAAGAAUUUAUGUAUUCAACCAUCCCAAGUGAAAGUUGUUGCUGUUGUAGCAGCUAUGAUGAAGAAUACAGUGGUACUUAUGCUUCUUAUACUCCUUCACCUGAUUCUCCCAUAUCAAAUGUCACUAUUAAUGAGAAAAUUCCCCUUUACAACGAACAAGAUUCAGGGAGGAAAAAUGUCAAUUUAAAAAUGUGUGAAAAAGAAUGGAAACAAGGUUUAAUGAAUUCAUUUGAAAACAUUUCUGACAGCUGUUCCCCCUGGGAUAUUGAAAGAAAUAAACAAAUUGUAACAACUUUGUCCUUGUUAAUGGAAGGAAUAAGCUCAGUUGCCCUAUCAAUAACUUUUUCAAAAGGAGAAUCACAGACCGUGGAUCAAAACUCCGUGGGGAUCCAAACAGCUCUCAUCACUCCAAAAUCCUUAGAAAACAAUGAAACACUCAGGUUAAAAGCUAAAGGAGAUCAAAUGGCCAUCCACCCAAGAGCAGUGGCAGCAACUGCCACGAUCACAGAUCCAAUUGCUGUGGCUUUUAUAUCAUAUGUUGGGCUGAAAUCACUCCUAGAAGAGACUUUACUGCAGAAUGGAACAUUCCUGGGCAAUGAAACAUUGACAGGUUUCAAUAUGAACUCUAGACUAGUAAGCGUUUUCACCAGCAACCACACAACAGAUAUUUCUACUCCCGUCAAUCUCACCUUUCAGCAUCUCAAGAAUAGAGUUGCUCAGGAAAAGGUUCUCUGUGUCCAAUGGAUUUCUGGUGCUUUGUCCAGUCAUGGUUGCCAACAGAUCUUUUCUAACAUCACACAUACAGAAUGUAGCUGUCAAUAUCUGUCCAGUUUUGCUGUACUGAUGGCCACAGCUCACAAACAAGGAGAUCUGAUCCUCACUAUUAUUAGCUACCUUGGGUUGUCCAUCUCAGUCAUCUGUCUCUUCCUGUGUAUUGUCACAUUCCUCUUCUGCCGCGCCAGCCACAACAGCAGCACCUUCAUCCACCUACAACUGAGCUUCUGCCUGUUUUUUGCAGACCUUCUCUUCCUAACUGGAAUAGAUAAAACAGGCAACAAGAUCCUGUGUUCAGUCAUAGCUGGAAUGCUGAAGUAUCUUUUUUUGGCCUGUUUUGUCUGGAUGUUCUUGGAAGCUGUCAAUCUCUACCUCAUUGUCAGAAACUUGAAAGUGGCCAAUUAUAAUGGGGCCAGCAAAUAUAUGAAGAUAUGCAUGUACCUUAUUGGUUAUGGGUCCCCUGUCCUGAUUGUAGCUAUUUCUGCAGCCAUUAAACCUGGAGCCUUUGGGACUCUGUAUCGCUGCUGGCUUGAUAAAGAUUUUAUCUGGAGCUUUAUGGGACCUGUCUGUGUAAUAAUUGUGGUCAACCUAGUGUUUUUCUGUCUUAUUCUGAGGACUUUGCGUGAAAAACUGGCCUCUCUCAAUUCAGAGAUAUCUUCAGUCAGAAAUACCAGAUCACUGAUGUUUAAGGCCAUAGCCCAUGUGUUCAUCCUGGGUGUGACUUGGUGUUUUGGCCUCUUUCAAUAUGGCCCUUUGGAAGAUGUUAUGGCAUACAUGUUCACCAUCUUCAACAGUGCACAGGGAAUCUUCAUCUUCCUGGUGCACUGCUUACUCAACCAAAAGGUGAGAGAAGCUUACUGGCAUUGGAUUUAUUGCAAGAAAGACAUCAGACCUCCUGUUUCUGAGAUAACUAUGACCUCUGUUCCCAUCAGCAACCCUUUGGUAAAAGAACCAUGUAUUAAUGAAGUCCAUAACAAGAAGAUUGAAUGGCAAGAACAAUCAUAGCACACUGUCUCUCCUUUGGACUCUUUGUUCAGUUUGAAUGAAACUGAAGAAAAUUAGGAUAUAUUCAGUCAUUUGUAAUUCUUUUUCCUUGCUGCACUUUGGAGUCACAUUGUCUCCAAAUUAUAGUGGAGAACAUUCACCACCACCACCCCAAACCCAUUCCUUGUUUUAACUCACUUAACCAGAAAUAUGGUGGUUAAAGAAAAUAUAGAGGGGGCAGCUAUUGUUGUUAACUAAAUUGAAAACACAGAGCCUUGAAUAACUCUAUAAUGCAGGAUUAAUUAUCUAUUUUUCAUAUAUUGUGUAUAUGUUAUCAGUAUUUUUUCUAAUGGAUUGCCUUCUUACGCAUUAAUAUCUUUGUAGAUAAAGUAUUGGAUAAAAUGUUUUUAUUUCUGAGGUAGAUACACUGUAAAUAAUGUUCUGCAAAUUAUUUGAAGAGGCAGUUUCACUUGUGACAACACUGUAAACCAAGCGUCAUUCUUUGAACCAUCAAAUUAACUACUGUAUAUCUUUCUCAAGAUAUGGCUCUUUCCUGUGUUAUUGGAAUGCAUAAAACACUGUUCUGCCAUGAUUUUGCUAGUUUUUA